GUGGAUUGUGAAGACAUUUUUCUUUCAGGUUCACGUGUUAUCUGUGACGUCAGUUUUAAUUUAGGCCAUGUGUUCACUGUGAGAGAGGUUCAUUCAUUGCACGCGUCAGCUGUGAAGACAGCUUUAAUCAUAGCAUGUGUUAAUUGUGAAAACAGCAUUGUUUUAGACCCCCGGGGUAACUGUUAAAAUGCAUAGUUCUUCAAUCUCACUGCUUAGCUCUAACUCGUUUCCUUGUGUAUGUAUAUACGCUGAUGAGAUUUAUUUUUAGAUUUUUCUAGGGCCUGGUUUGUGGGUUGGCUUUAGGAAUUCGGGCGGAGAUUUGGUGAAGCAAGAUUUACGGGGCAUGACUAAUUUUGAAUGUGAUUAAUUUAAUCCAAUAAUUUUUUUUUGAUCCUUCCUUUUCUAAACACUACUAAAUCGAAAAAAAAAUUGAGGUGGCGUGUCCCGUACGGUUACAUCCGUAAAUGCCAAACUGCUUUCUAGGCAAAGCUGAACUCUAGACAAUGCUGCACUCUAGUCUAGGCAACGCUAAACUCUAGGCAAUGGUGUACUGUAGUCUAGGCAACGCCGUAUUCUAGGCAAUGGUGUACUCUUUCCAAUGCUAAACUCCAAUUACUAUAUGCACCGUACAUGUCAAAUAUUUAUGAAACGAUCUUCAAGGAAAGGCAGAGUUGUGUUGGGGGACCUUUUCAUCUAACUCAUGUUCCAGGGGCAUGCACAGCUUGCUCGAUCAACAGAUAGCGCUGUGUCAUUUACUAGCCAAUAAUGUCGCUAGCUUCUCUCUCAUCGUAUUGUCUGCAUUUCUCACCUGCCAGGUUUUUAUUGCAAUACAAAAGUACAAUAUGAGGCGGGGGGCGAAUACAAAUUGCUUGGCUUGGGGGGAGGGGGGAACGAAUAGAAAUGGCGUGAUUAAACCAUAAUAAAGCUCACGUGACCUCACGUAGGUCGUUUGAUUGUAAAUAAACAUAAAACUCUUUCAAAAGCAGCUCUGUUGAUCGCGUGUUGAGCGUGUUUAUUCCGUGGCAGUGACAAACACUAGGACAUAAAUAUGACGUAAGGGAAAACAAACAGUUUGUGUUUGGGAUCAAUUUAUUGUCAUUUAGGGAUUAGAUCUACUAUAGCGGUGAUGCAGAGUAUGGGUUUAAAAGAAAUGUAAUCAAAAGAUGACCUAUUCUUACUUAAAAACCACAACCACAAUAAAAAAAAAAGGAUCAAUUUAAUUUUAGGUUGAGGAACUUGACAGUAACAUGAAACAAGGGCAGAUAACUAGGUUAUACCUUUUCACUGCUGUACUAUGUGUAAUCUUAAUAUUGUGGAUUUAUAACAAGUGGGAGACGAACAGUAUCACAGGUAUUCCGUCUAGUGUUACAUGUACAUUCCCACCCACUGUAACCGAUACAUCCGAACUAUCUCCGGUCUUAGCAUUGAAUGUGACAGGAUUUCAUUGCAUCAAGAACGACAUGGUCACGAAGAAAGCCGUGGACACUAAAGUGAUGUUGUUCUACAGGUUUCCAGACUACUACGAACUCCAGGGCAAAUCUGGGUUCAAUCUGUUCACCAACUGUGACAAGAAAUGUGAGCUGACCACGGAUGAAAACAGAUUCAGUGAAGCUGACGUCGUGGUCUUUUACAGUCAUAAAAAUUAUAGAUAUCAAGCCCCGCCCCAAAAAGAGCCUGGCCAAAAGUGGGUGUUCUUCACGGUGGAGAGCCCUCCGUACUCGGGCAAUGCCAUGUACGGUGGAUCCCAGUGGGGGAAUAAGUUCGACUGGACAAUGUCCUACAGGUACGAUUCGGAGUUUUGGCACGGCUACGUUCGAAUGAGACCCAGGGUGACGCCUCUCUCUGAAGAUGUUAUGGAGAGGCAGCGUCAGAAUUGGAAGCAGAAGUUUGCCAACAAGACGAAACUGGUGGCUUGGUUUGUCAGCCAUUGCCCCACGGACAGUCUUCGUGAGAAGUACGUUGAGCAGCUCUCCAAACACAUUCCCGUUGACAUCUAUGGUAAGUGUGGCACCUUGAAGUGUGAGGACAGGAAAGAGUGCCUUCAACUUUUGGACAACGAUUACAAGUUUUAUCUUUCCUUUGAGAACUCUCUGUGCGUGGACUACGUGACUGAGAAACUGUUGAACGUCCUUGAACUCAAUACUUUGGUCCCUGUGGUCAGAGGCGGCGCCAAUUACGAUUCUCUCUUCCCUCCCAACUCUGUGAUAAAUGUCAAAGAUUUUCCCUCCCCAGAAAAGUUGGCUCAGUAUCUGAAGGAAUUGGCCAAUAAUGAGGAGGAAUAUACCAAGAGGUUACAGUGGGUCUGGCAAUACGAGGUCCAUGGCCCGAAACUGCCAUUAUGUCACUUGUGUCAAACUAUUCACGCUCCCGGCCCCGUCUCUUGUGUUUAUGAGAAUGUGUAUCACUGGUGGUCUCAGAGAGCUUGCUAUAAACCUAACGAUGUUUGAAAAGAACUUUCAAGUUCAAGUCUUCUCACAUUUCACUGGGAUAGAAUCUUUGAAUCUCAAGCUGAUGCUGGCAUGGGAGAAGCAAGGAAAUACAUUUCACGUUCUGUGCUCAUAUAUCGAUAUAUUUUGAAGAGUUCAAAUGGUGUGUAACCAUUGUUUUAAUUCACUUACAUUUGUAGCUAUAGCGAAAAUAAAUAUGGACUGGAUUAGAAAAUACUAUUUAAAAUACGCCAGGAAGAAGGGCAUUGUGUCGAGUGUUAAAAAACUUGGCUUCCUAACCAUGCGGUCCCAGGCUUGAAGACUUUGAAUUUGAGGACGCCCUUGAGGGAUCUCAAACAUAGCGGUCCGCCCUGAGUCAACCCAAUCCAAAUGAUUAAGUUGGGGAAAAUAAAUGCUGGUGAUUUUUGAGCUAGCCAUAUGAAACCCAUUUUAAUCGCGGACCUUAGAAACGGACGAGUUUUACUUUAGCGGCCCACAAUAUCUAUACGGGAACUUAACUUACUUUUGUAAUGUAAAUUAUGAAUACAGCCAUUGUUUUGAAAUAAUUAAGUAAACUCUGUUAUCUUUGAAUAAUCUUGAGAAUACCGAACUUUAAUUUGUUAUUUUUCCCUACGUUUGAUAUUUUGUUUUGUUGUUCAAUGUAUAUUGUUUGUAUAGAACAUUGCUAGACAUUGUGACGAAAGUGUAUUGUAGUUUUCUUUAAAAACUACUGUUGUAUCGCCAGAUUUCAUAGUGUAACCAUACAUACAGCACAAAGUUAUGGUCAAACUGGGAUUGGUAGUAGACUAUUUUGGCAUCACGUGAUUUAGUCUACAUCCAACUUAGUGUUGUUAUUUGCUACGGGUUAGAGAGAGGGGGGAGGGGAGGGAGAGACACAGGGCCGGAAUUACGGCAGUGCAAAAGUGUGCAGCCCCCCAUGACCUCACUCUAAAGUAUGCCUCCACAUUUAUAUUAUAUAUACAAUAUUAAAAUAUAAAAAAACUGAGAUUAAAUUUAUAUGCACUUUGUUUACAAAUAUACAUUUAGAUAUAUUAUAAGUUCAUUUUUCAUUGAAACUUGAAGAGAGUAGGCCUUCCUUUUCCUUUAGUUAUUGGUGAGACCUAAUGACCUUCGCCUGUGAGGCUGAGACCAAUCGUCAUAUAAAUCUGAACCCUAAUCUGCAACGUCGCAGCCUGUGGGCAGUUUAGACCAAUAGCUCGCUGCCACGUCAGAGGUGUGUCCGACAUGGCAACGAGCUAUAACUUCACUGCCCACAGGUUGCGUCGUUGCAGGUUAGUAAUCUAGUGAUCUAUAAUGAAUGGUCUCAGUCAAUCUGAAGUAAUUCCUUGUAUUGUUCGUGAAAACGGUUGACGCUUGUUAAAUAUUUUUUGCUCAUUAAUGUUUUUUAAUUUUUAAUAAAAAUUGCAAUCGUUACAUUUAGAUAUUUUUUAUCAUAAGGCAUUGUUUCUUCAAUGCUAGAUAUAUAUAUUUAUCGCUGUUGCUAAAAUGUACAUAAUAGAAAAGAUAUAUGAUUUUGUGUAAAGGAGAGGGGUAGUAGUUGUAUACAUUUGUCCAUUGCUUCUAUUUUUUGUACAUAGCUUAUGGCUUAUAUCAACUCACUUUGUCUGGUAUAAAGUUUGAAAACGUUAUUUCUCUCACAUUCAGGCUCUGAUCAAGCUGAAUUAGUCCCCUUUAUACUUUGUAAAGAGAAAAGUUUGAAACUAACAACAAACUAACAAACCUUCUAUUUUCAUAGCAUUUCCCUGGCACAGUCGUUAAUGUAUUAGCCUGAGGGAGGAGGCUUUUGCUCUGGAGCUCGAAUUCAGGUCGUUCAUUUAUUUAACAAAUGCAUUUUAACAAAUGAUCACGGUAAUAAUCACCCAGAUGUCCCCACUCCCAACUGGUCCAGUCAACUGAUAGUAUCGUAGAGUAUUGACAAAGCUAAAAGCAUGAAUUUGAGUUAUAAACAAAAGCAAUAGGUAAACAUAUUUCUGAUCACACAGAUGUAUAAUUGUUUGUCAAGAUCUAUUACAAAUUUAAUGACAUGACCGAUCUUAACUAACUGAUACAACUACGCUUAAAAUAAGCUUUUCUUGCUUUGUUUUGUUUGUUGUUUUGUUGUUUUGUUUGUUGUUGUUGUUGUUGGCCUCCUUCUCCUUGAGUCCUAGAACGUCAAUGGUUCAUCUCGUCCUAAAGAACGGCUCAUAGCGGAUAGUUUUGUCAUCCUACUAUUAAUUCCAACUUUCUAAAGUCGCUUAAAUAAAUCGAAAGGUGGAAUUAAGUUAAAAAAACAACAGAGGUUGAUCCUUUGCUUAAAGCUGACAUUUCGCACAUUUGGUUAUAUAUAGGUAAUAAAGUUAAGUUGAAAGAGCGUCGUUCUAAUAACUCCAAUGACGUGGGUUCGAUCUCCAUACCGUUCUUUAUAUUUUUUCAAUGUAUAUGAACAUUUUGUUUGUUAUAUUUAUUGGAAAAUAAAUUAGAAAUUUAUUUAA